UAAAUUAUCUUAAAUAUGGAUGGUUAAUAUAUUUUCUUUUUGGUUCUUGUUGUUUGAUAUAUUUUUUGUAUAUUGUUUUGGGUGGUUUAACGCUUUUUAGGAUCCAGAGCUUCCAAACAUACAAAGCCUACAAACACAAGUAAAACAUCUCUACAAAAUGCAGAACUGGUGGGAAAAUCUAAGAAACCAGAACACGAAGCUUUGAUUCUGAAGCCUGAACCGGAUGGUGUGUGUUACAGUCUGUCAACUUUUUAAAACACCCCACACAGCAGCCCGGAGUCUCUCCUCUUCACCGAAAAAAAAAAAAAAAAAAAAAAAUCUGACUCGCAGUUAAAAACAAUGAGGGCGCGCGACGCGCAACUCGCUCCAAGCUUCUCCGACAGUGGCGGAGUUUCUGCUCCAGGACGCCUCGUAGCAUGUGUCUGUGCGCCAUCCGGAGAGAGAAGGACCACCGGAAUAUAACUUGACAUAUCUGAGGAGUUUGUUGUCAUAUUUUUUGCGUGCGUGUGGAGGGAGAGAAAACAUGCCUUUUUGUAAACGAACGAUACUUCCCAAAGAUGUGUGCAAGCCCGAGGACAGGAGCCUGCGGACGGAGAUUUUCGGGGACUUGGCGGACGUAUGCGGCUUCACCCUGUGCUCGGUGCUGCGGCAGCUCUCGGAUCUGUCCCGACACUCGGUGAGCAUCCUAGAGGAGCUGGAAGGAGAACUGGUGUCCAUCUGCCACCGGUCCGGCGCGCUGGAGGGCAGAGUGGUCCGGCUGCAGAGGCACGUCGCAGACCUGGUCAGCAAGCCUCCACCGAGAACCACCAGUGGUCUAGAGGCAGAGAUCGGAAGGCGCGGUGGCAGCAGCAGCCACGGGGAUGGCAACCACAGCAGCGGUGGUGGCGGCGGCGCGGGCAGCAGCAGCAGCGGGGCCCAUUUCAGGUCUCCAUGGCAACAGAGCGUGAACGUGUUCGGCUCGUGGAGCAGGCCGGAGUGUGUCGAGGAGCUGCACCAGCAGGCGCAGCUCAACCUCCAGAGCCUGCUGCAAGAAUUUGAGGAGCAGUUGUACGACACCAAGCUGACCGGUCAGACGUUCCGCCAUCCGUCUUCACAGAGCUCUGACGACACAUCCACAACGCUCAGCAGGUCGCCCAUCUCCCUCAACAACAAGAGACCAGAUUUCAUCUUCCUGCCAGCAUCCAAACAGCUCUAUGACGAUGAAACCACCACCUCAGUGUUUGGUCUGAGGUCUGUGACCAGCCCAUCUCCUUCCCCGUCCCCGUCUCCAUGCGGCUCAGAUCGCCCCCCUCUGGGCUGGAGCAGCAACAACAGUAGCAGCAGUACUGCCACAUCUGCUACUACUGGACCACCCGUUGCAGAGAAACCCCACUGGCACCUGGGAAGACGCACACCUGCACACUUCAUACCACUCGACAUUACAGGUGAAGUGGGUGGAGUGAAAUUCCACGGCGUGGACCUUCUCCAGCACUCCCCAUCCCCUUCCCCCUCUGCCGGGGACCCCUUCUCCCAGCAACCUCACUCCCUAGAGCCCGUUACGGACACCCCACUCCAAAACCUCCCACUGAGGAAGACGCACUCUGACCUCGACACAAACUUAACUGCAGAUAAAAGUUUAGGGCGGCAUCCCCCGGACUAUUUUCGCCCAGGAACUAUGGACCAUUCUGGUUUGCUUUGUUCUAACACACCUUCUGCUUCCUGGAAUGGACCUAAAGGCUCCACCUUUUCCCCUGGAGCAUGGAAUGAGCCUUACAAUUACAGCAUGAGCAAAGGCCCAGCAGUUCCUCCCAAGCAGCACAGUAUUAUUGGUAAUGCAGGAGGGACGCAGGACGGGGUGAUGGUGGUGAGCUCAGGACAGUCAACAAGUUCACAUGCCAGCUCGUUUACAUCUGUCACGGACCCUACCGGGAGAACAGGUAACAGCAUGCCAGGAUUUUCUCUGGCAGCAGUUAUGAUGGGGAGGCGGAGCGAAACUGAAGGGGCUGCAACAGAUGGAGGAAAAGGUGGUGCUAGGGAGGCAACACGAGGGAGGGAGAGGUCAGCGCGAUCCAUAGCAGCACAGAAUGCCUUCAAGUUCCGGGAGCGUUCCCUCUCUACACCCACUGAUUCUGGCUCCUUUGGUUUUACAGAGGGAGUUAUUGGUCCAGACGGGGAUAUUAUAACAGCUGGGAAUGGGAACACUAUAGGAGGAGACCACCAGCGGGAACAUCACAACUUCCUGGGACAUAGUGAAAACUAUGCCCUUCUCUACCCGAGAGGGAGCUCUGAAGACAGUGCAAGUACUACAGACACCAUCUCUGUCACAGCCUCAGACUACAGCACAGAUGGCCGAUUGCGCCUUCGUUCCCGUUCCAUCUCACUUAAGAAAUCCAAACGGAAGCCACCACCUCCUGUGAGGAGCGUUUCUCUCAUGAAAAACUUAGGAGAAGCUGAGGGAAGAAUCCGACGUGAGAGUGGUCUCUACCGAGAUGGCCGGCCAAAGAGCUUACACAUACCCAGGGACCACUUCCCAGACUUCCAGCCAGAUUUCCUUCUGCCAAACUUAUCUUGCUCCUCCAAAACUACUGUUGGUGAACGACAGCUGGGUUAUCAAGGGAAUGAUGGACCUCCGAGUCUAGAGGUCCAGCCACCAGAGAGGGAGGAAGAGACAGAGAUGACUUUUCCUACUCAUUGGCAGUUGGGCGACUGGAAGAGCACCGACCCCUACAGGUCUUUGUCAAGCUCCAGCACAGCAACAGGUACUACAGUGAUCGAUUGUAUGAAAGUCAGAGGUAGCUCUGAGUCCCUUUUGGACUCUCCCUCCACCUCCAGGGCUACCUCUCCCUCACAGCUCUCGAUGGAGACUGAUGUCAAGGCCUCUUCACCCUUCAAACCUCCAGGACUUAUGUCACCAUCAAGUGGCUAUUCCAGUCAGUCAGAGACUCCCACCCCAACUGUUCCACUCAGUCAUGUGGCAGCUCAAGGGAUGGCAGGGGCUACUGGGUGUAAGAUGCGCCCAAAGAUCCCAGAGAGGAAAUCAUCACUACCAUCACCCAAAGACCCAGCUGCUAGAUCCAGAUUGUCCUUUGAAAUGCCUGGGAAUGCACAUCUGGAGCUUUCAUCAAUCAAGCCAAAGCAAAAGGCCAGCAGGCGGCAUUCUGACACCUCAACAGCAGCAAAACCAGGAAAAAUCAGCCCCAGUUCUUCACAGGCAUUGCCAGUGGUUACCCAGAAUGAGUUAAAAACCAUUCGGCUUCGUUCUGUUUCCCGUGGUGACCUCGAUGACUGCCCGGAUGGAGCCUCUGACACCAUCGAAGAGGAGCAGCAUGGACGAGACCUUGGCGAGGACCCCAGCCCACCACCAACUCUACCAAAACCCAAGCCACCUGUUGCUGUAAAGCCUCCAUUGCCUAAACGGCCUGUAAACCUCCUCUUUAAGUCACCUUCUCCCUCCUCCACCUCGCCCCAUGCCCUUGACUCACCCCCAGCCUCACCUGUGGAAAGGCCGGUGCCUCUAGGUAACAUUUACAAAGUCAUGAAAAAGCCAAAACCUAAAAAACCUCCACUUCACAGUGCAACAAGUCCGGGUGUUCUCCCAGAUUCAAAUUCUACCACUAUGCCACAGACAGCCUAUGAUCACUCAUUCCUCCCACACUCCCAGUCUCUCUUUGACCUCCCUCCUCUCCCAGAUCCCCAGCCUCUUUUGGAAGACCCACUUCUCGAGCCUGAAUUUGAUGCUGAACCUGACCUUCAUUUGGGGCCUGAGGAUGGAGGGUCACUACCCUCUCCCUGUAGUAGCCAGGAGACCCCAGAGCUCCAGGACAAGAGCAAGACUCUCCCCUCACGGAUUACAAUCUCCUGCCUGGCAGAGUUGUCUGACAAAAAGAAACUAAAGGUUCCUCCUCCAGUCCCUAAGAAGCCAAAUGUCUUGCUUCUUCCCACAUCCCUUCAUUCCUCCAUUAAUGGCAGUGCAGACCGUCAGAUACCACAGACCGACAGCCCAGUGGGUCUGAGGUCUCCAGUAGGAGGAUUCCCACCAGAUGAUAUUCCUGCUUCUCCAAGUGUUCCAGACAUGCCAGAGCAAGAUGACAAUAACCUGGGAACAGAUGAGGAGAGUUCAAAAGAGUCAUCGUUGCAAUCUUCACUCCAGGAUUCCUCGCUUACUGAACUGGGAGGAAAGAUGGCCAACACUGGUAUUGGAUCGGAUGUCUCAGCUGAAAAGACCGUUCUCCACAUUGCAGAGGAAAUGGAUGACGACUUGUUGGCCAGCACACCUGCAACACACACCACUGAAGACCUCUUCACCAUUAUACACAGGUCCAAGCGAAAAGUUCUGGGACGUAAAGAACCAUCUGACUCAUUUGGAAGCCGCCAGAGUCUGGUGUCACCAGUGAAGCACAGCACUAGUGGGAGCGACCUCCGAAAUCUUACUUUGGGUAGCAGCCAAAGGUCGAGCUCCCGCAAUGAGAACUUCAUGGCCCUGCUUCAGAAGAAAGGCAGCAAAUCUUCCAGUGGAGGAGCGAGGGUCUCUGCUAUGGAGCUUUUGAAGAGCACAAAUCCUCUGGCACGACGUGUCACAGAGUUUUCUACAUCACAGUCAACUACCGAGGGUGGAGAGGUGCCAUCUGGGAAUGACAAACCCAAUGAUCAGUGAAUGGAAGUACCAUUUACAGAAGUUAACCGGGUCUGUGUGCUGUUGACAAAGCUAUCAACCCAUUCUACAUUCAGACACCCACUGAGGAUGGGGCCAUGUGACUAGAUCGCUCCAACAACUGACUGGCCAUUUGCACUGUCCAAUCAAAUUGGAGCACAUUUGUUUGGACAAAAUGGUCCUUCCCAAUGUUGGAGCACUAUGGUUCCCAGUUAAACCAGUUCCUCAAGACAUCGGUAAGGAGAGAAGUUUCUUCUCACUACAUAUUCAGUGAAAGGUGAAAGUUUUGAAGUCAUCUUUUCCUCAAUAGGAACACAUUUGAUGUGGAGGUUGGGUGGGUGGAUGGAUUGGUGGAGAUGACACUGGGAAUGUAAGGAUAUACAGUGGAUAUCUUCACUACUGGCUUCUUCGGGAUAAAGAUACUGAAGUCUGAUAACAACGGGGGUAAAAAAAUCUGACUCUGUAACCACAGCACAGAGAACUGACAAUCGAUUAAGCCAAGAGCUCAGUGGAGUAAAGUUGCAAAGAUCUAAGACUUUUACAGUCCAUCUAUGAUUCAGUAGCUCUACAGGUCUGACACCUGUAGCCCUCUACAAACCGAAGAGUCCAUCAUUAGCGGUGCAACUAGGCAACAGAGAAAGGAAAUAUGCUCAACAGUUCUACAUCCUGGUUGCUUCUUAUAUCUCUGGUUAAUGCAAAACAAUGAGAGUCCUGUAAUUUUGAACAAGAAAGUGCAGGAUUUACAAAGAGAAAUGGCAUGAAGGCCUCUGGCCUUCAAGGACGCGGCAUGAGCAUGUCACUAAUUCUGUCGCUCGUGCUGAGAACAAAAACACAGACCUUCACAAAACAUUCCACAGAGACAGCAAGCGAACGGACGACACUUAAGAACGCAAGCACUUUUUCUUUUCUCUGGCCUCAGAGGUCGUUUACAUGGCACGAUCACUUCGCCGCUGCAUUCAAAGUCAUCAUCAGUUAUUAUCUUUGAAACAUUUUGUUAAAAUGUUAUUCUUUUUUACUCCUUUUUUAUAUAUAUGCUAGAUGGCCAUUUACUGUACACGUUUAAUGGGAUCAUACUGUAUUUAUCAUGUAUAAAGAUAAAUGUAAAGCAUCUAUUGAUAAAUUUACAGACACAAAGACUAAAAAUAGCAUACAAGACGCUUGGACAACAAACUGCCAACUUUAUGAAGGGAAAACAAACUUCAACACACAGAUUGAUGAAACCGUGGAAGGCUAACAGAAAACAGCCUGUUCAGACAAAACCACGCCUGUGGAGUUUCUGUAAGGAGAGUAUGAAGCAGGCCUGGUUAUUAAACAGGGUUUUUAUUCAUUUUUUGGUCUGUAGCGUGGGGACCAAAGGACUGUUAAAAACUGCAAACGACCACAGGGGACCUAACAGUUCGUCUAUGUGUGUGAGCAUAUAGAUAAGAGUGCUGGAGAGUAAGUGGGAGAACCAGAGCAAACACAGAUAGAGAGAGAGAGAGUGCAUAAAUGUGUGCCUGAUUUUUAUGUUUGCUAUUAUUUCUUUUGUUCUUCUUCAUUAUCUGUCAUAAAUGUUUUGUAUAACAACAUGUGUGUGUGCAUUGCCAUCUCUCACACCCCUUUUUUGUUGUGCAUAGGAUUAGGAAGACUUAAGCAAAGUCCCAACAGGGAGCCUCCUUGGAAAGGCUGAAGUAAAGGAAGGGGCAGGGCGUGUGGCAUCUUUGGUGUUACAGAUUUCUGAUUCUUUUAUUGGUCCACUUCCUGAUAUCAGGUUUGCAACAAGUCACACUUUUAGUCUUACAUUGCCUUCUUUAUCACUUGAUGUGGUUGAGUGGUUAAAAAUUACCAGAGACCAACGCAUCUACCUAAAUUUUAAUGGAAUUUCGUCAUGUCAGUGUCUAAUCCAUAAUGGUGGUUGGUUAUGGUCUUGUCUAAAUUUUUGUUCUCCUGUGGUGCUCAUUGGACUGAUUCCUUUACAGCUAGGAAACUGCUGUUAUUCAGUGAUCAAUUGAAUUCCCAGGAGAAUUCAGGAGCCAAAAAAAAAAAAAAAAUCCAAGGACCAAAGAGUUUCUAGAACCAUAAGGAUUACAUAAACAUUCAGGUUUCUGGAGUCAGUACGAUUCAAGAGUCACUAGAUUUCAUGGAUGGAAGGGAAUUAGAGAACCCUGAGGACACAGUAGGAGGUUGCAAUUUGAGACGGAAGGAAUUCUGUGAGGAUAAAUAAAGUUCCCUCCAUCUGUCCGUCCACGCUUGCAGAGGGAUGUGACGACCUAGAAGAGGUUCUGUUUGUUUUGCCCUCCCCUGCUUUCUCACCCCGUCCCUCUCUUCGCAGUGAGGCAGCGACGGUCUGCGUCAACCAUUCUCCUCGUCUUUUCAUCAUUGCUGGAGCACAUUCUCCAUCUGUCUCUCUUUCCCGCAGUUUUAACCUCUCGUCUGGCACACUCUUAACUCCCCUACUUCCUCCUCUUUCUUCUCCUUGUAGUAUCAGCUCUCUUUAUCUUUCUCUCAUUCUCUAUCUUUCCUCUCCUCCUCGUUUUCCCCUUUCCUUCCUUCCUCUGCCCUCUGCUCCAUCUCGCUCUGCAUUCAGUCUAUGCAUCUCAGCCGAACACAUGACGCUGGUUGAAUGUCAAUGAAAGGACUGUUAAGAAAAUAGAUGCUGUUCUUUGUAGUUUAAGAGUGUAAAAAACUAAACAUUUUCUAUCAGUGCUUAUGUUGCGCUUUCUUUUCUUCUUUUCAUAUUUUUCUUUUGCAUCCAAGUGACAUGAAAUGAGCAUGAAUGAAAGAAUAUAUAAAUGAGCAAAUGGACAGGAGACGUGUUUUUGCUUAAAGGACCUUGACUUUUGGACUGUGACUGAAACACCCUGCAGUCUUGGACCUCAGAUUAUCCCUUCUGGAUCACUGCGUGGACAGCCUGAUUAGCAGUGGUUCAACUUUAUCAUCUGACUUAUCCCCCGCAUGGAUGGACCAUGUAAAUUCAGGACGAAACCUCUCAUCUCCCGACCCCCUAAUUGGUAACUAUCUCUCGGUGCUACAAAGUCUGAGCUCCACCUUGUGGAUGAAAAUGGAGGGAAAAAAAACAAAGGAGUCUUUAAAAAAAAAAAAAAAAAAAAAAACAAACAAAAAAAAAAAAAAAAAAAAAAAAAAAAAUUUCCACUCAUUUUCUUCCCAACAGCAGUCAUUUGGGUAUUCCAUACACCUGAAAAAGAAUUUAAAAAUUGCAUAAAUUGUCAGCAUUUAUGAUGACUCGUCAAGUGACGCUUGUUUUAAAUAUUUAGUGAAUGAAAAGAUAAACCUAUAAAACUCUGUUUGCCUUGUAUACUGAACUAUAGGCGUGUUGCUGGAGCACUUUUUUUUUUUUUUCAUUAUUAUUAUUAUUAUUUUAACUGCCUUGGUAAUGCACAUACUAAUACUGGGCCAAAGUAGAGUACUGCAGAUGUAAAGGGGAAGCACUCAUAUAGAUUCUUACAAACAAUUACCCAAAUCUGUAUUCAUACAGCAUGUUUGUAUUUCCAUCAGAGCAACGAAAUUACUCCAGAUAAAUCGUAGAAAUCAUAAAGUGGACCUACAGGAAAAGAAGAGAGACAACGCCAACAUUAUAAGCAUAGUGUCAGGAUUAAAAAGGAUGUUUUGUCUAUACUGUAGUUCCCAAACUUUUUAAGCCACGACCCCCAGGAUAAUAUACGUUGGAGUUUGCCCUGAUGACUCAAUUGUGUGAAGUAUCAAAAGGCUUGAAAACUGUCAGAAUCUUAAUAAAUAAGGAGGAUCAAGUGUUUAUUGAUGGAUUAUGUUAACGGCUGUAACACAGCACCCAUAUGCCGAAAAUCAGCUUCUCUCGCAGAUAUAAUGCCAAGUUCGGAUUUUUAAUUUGGCAUGAAUAAUAACUUUGCUGUUUAUGCAUUAAUGUGUUAAAAAUUAAUGUGUUAAUUUCAGAUUACUCUCUUUGCAUUAACACGUUCAUUCUCACAACCCUAAUAAAAAUCCAAAAUGUAUUUGAUCAACAUGGUUUAUAUCUGACCCUCCUUAUCAUGGAACCUCCAUGAGGGCACGGGUCCCUGGUCUAUCCGAGUGGAUAUGAACAAUAUUUAUCUGAAAAAAAUAUAAGAAGCGGUGGGUUGUCAGUGUCAGCUUGCGUCGCAGAUCAAUAAUUCACCAUGUUUUUACAUUUUUUCUGUAGCUAGAUAGCAGAUUUUUUUUAAGCAGGAAGGCAACAGAGGUAAAAACAAGCAGGAACAUGUGGCUGAACGGGUUAAAAAGAUGCUUUCUGUUAUAUAGAAAUGUUUUAAUUUCAUAUUGAAAAGAACAUGUUUCAGUUUUCCAAGAAUUUCUAAGAGACAGUUAAUUCAGAGGCAGAGACGGCAUCACAGAUUGGGUUUAUCAUCAAAAUGUGAAGCUAACAUUAAUGACAAUUUAGCAAAUUUUCUAUUUUGGAAAAAGCUUAACAACACAUUUAUUAUACAUUUAUACAUUUAGGAGCAAUAUUUUCAGAGCUAUCAAAGAGUUAAGCUGUCUCUGCCUCCAAGAAGUCUGUAAAACCAAAUUAUCUGGGUCUAAAAUGAGACUUGACAAGAAGAGUACAGUGAAUAUUUAGUCUUUUGUAACAUCCAUAGGAGCAGAAAUGCUGCAGGGAAAAGAGGAAAGAAAUGGAUAUAUGAUUCUGCUGAAUGUGGAGUUCACCAUGCCGACAUUCACACAUAUUCCAUCAGCUUUUCCAUCACCUCCUCUCUCGCUGUAUCUCAGCUGUUAUGAGUCAGAGAAAUAAUCAAUCUGAAGGCUUUUUCCUCUCUUUCACUCUCAUGUUUGCCCCAAGAAAUCUACACAAGGUGCAAUGAAACUGAAAAGGAGGCACUGUAAUGGCUCACCAUGGUAAUUAUUUUUGUCUCAUCUAAACAUUUAGCAUCUCUGCUGGUAACACAUAUUGACAAGAAGCUUUGAAGAAAAGGUAGAAACUGAGGUGAGAAUAAUUUCAGAAAGUAAAAUAAUUUGAAGCAAUGAGACCAAAUUCUGGAACAAAGUCAGUCAGUAUCAAUACGCUGAAAAAAACUUGCAAAUUGGUUCUCAAAGUUGACUUUACUUUCAUCUGUUUGACACUUAAAAGUGGUUCCUGCUUUGUUACAUGAGGGCGUGCUGUAAUAAGGAAUGGUUUUUGAAAACAUCCAGCAGCCCAUAAACGUACCGACACAGUGAUUUCUGCUGACUCAGUUUGCACAUAACAUAAAAUAAAACUUUCAGCACAGAAAGUACAAAUAAAUAAAAUGUCUGCCACCCAACCCGAACUGACAGGUUCUCAGCAAGUCCGGCUUUCAAGCACAUGUAAUGUUCAGAUUACUGACAUGAAGCCAACUGGUUUUGGUGAUUUCUUUAUUUUGAAUGAAUGAAUAAAAAUAAGAGAAAAACAGAAAAAAACAUGACGUGUCAAUGAAAUGAUUGCUUUAUUGUUACAGAGCAAUCCUUACAGAUAAAAGUAGCUCCAGUUUUCAUUACAUUACAAACCACAUGCCAACUUUUGAAACAGCUUAAAGAAAAUUAAAACGAAUGGCUGCACAUUUGGACUCAUGACUUUUGUUUCAGGGGCACUACAUGAGUGCAAUUUACUUUGGAGUAAACAUGCCACCCAUUACAAAAGACGUUGCCUGUCAGAGGUGAACCCCGCCCUCCCAUCAAUCCAAGCGAAGUAAAACAAACACACCCAAUGUCUAGUUUUAACCCCAGCGUUUUGCUGUGCAGGCAGCUUAUAAAGAGAGAGAUGACCAUUAGAGAGACAUAGAGAGAGACAGUUAUUGGAAUUAUUCUAUUUUUGUUAUUCUUCAUUGAAAAAAAAGACAUAUUUAAAGGAAUAUUUCGUGUAUGUAUUAAAUAUCCUUUGUUUUCCUGCCAUAUCCAAUGGUGUAAUUUGUAGCUGGUGGUGUAGGUGGUGUCACACACAAACGCCUCCCUCUGCAGCUACACAAUGCCAAUGUGAUAAAAUUAUAAUAUCAUUAUAAAUAAAUUAUUUUUCUUGCUUAAAAAUGG